AUGACUAUGAUUAAGAAUAAUAAAGCAUUAAUAGGAGGUGGAUUAAGAAUCGUUUAGACAAAUUAAAAAAAGCUUUUAUUGCCUUAAAAUUUUCCAUUCUCCAACAAUAUUUUCGAAAAUAAAGCAGAGAUUUAUGGUGAUGAUAGUACAUCUUAUCUCUAAAAUAUAAUUAUUAAAAACAAUGAUAAUACAAAUGAAGAAUCGUUCACAUUUUACUAAAAUUAAAGUAGUGUACCUAAAAAAUUUUAGAAUGACUAUUCAAGAUAUGCUGAAUUGAGAUAAUUCAGAAGUGGAGGGCUAAUUAACUUUAAAAUGUAUAUUGUAGAUGAAUAAAAUAGAUAUCUGAGCUUCUCAAAUGAAAAGCUAAUACUAGGCUUAUAUCCAAAAGAUAUAGAUUAAGAGUUAAAUACUAUUUAAAUUUCAAUUUAUUAGCUCAAUUCUACUGAAAGCUAAAUGUUUGGAUAGAAUACUAUAAAUUACUUUCAAUAUAAUUCUCUCGACUAUUCAUUUGAAAUGAAUGAAAUAACAGUUAUUGGAAAUCUUAAUAAAGUUCAAUUCUUUUAUAUUAAUUCAACUAUAUAAACAAACUCACUUACUAAAUAACCAAUCCUUUUAUCGAUAGAAUUCAGAAAUUGUAAAUUAGGAGAGGUCAUUUAAUAAAUAUCAAUAAAUGCAUCAAUUGCCCAUAGUCUGCUUUAAUGUGCAAAGGAGAUAUAAUAGAAUUAAAAAAUGGUUUUUGGAGGCACAAUAAUUACACAGAUGAAAUAAUAGAGUGUGAUCCUAUUAUAAAUUCAUGCUAGGCAGAAAACCCUAAUAGCAUCAAUUACUGUAAAGCUGGGUAUCUAGGACCUAUUUGCCUAUAGUGUGAUAUUUUAGGUGAAGUUUGGUAAGGCUACCGAUAUUCACAAUCUCUCUCAAAAGGAUUUUGUGAUAUUUGUGGAUCAUAACUUAAAUAAUGGGGUUUUAUGCUUUUAAAAAUUGUAAUUUUAGAGGCCUACUUCUUGUAUGCUUUGGGAGUUUUCAUCCAAAAAUUUAAACAUUCACAAACAUGUUAUUAUUUGA